CUGUAAAGCCAGUGACUCCGACGACCGUAUCCAUUGCCACAACUGCCAUGGAGCUGCUGGUCAUCGCGAUGCUGGUAGUCGGGGCAGCCACAGCCCCAGACCCCCAGGGACACCGGGUCAUCGGAGGGAGAGACUGCAUCACUGGCUCCCGUCCCUACCAGGUGGCUCUCCUGAGGAAUGGCCACAUCUACUGCGGCGGGAGCCUGAUAGCCCCGAAGUGGGUGCUGACUGCUGCGCACUGCCGCUUACGGAGCACCUCCCUGCAGGUGCAUCUGGGGGAUUAUAAUCUACGAGUGAACGAAGGCACAGAACAGAUACGAAGAAUCCGCAGCUUCUUCGUGCAUCCAGAGUAUAACUUCCGCCGACAUGACAACGACUUCAUGCUUCUGGAGUUGGAUGCACCAGCUCAACUCAACCGCUACGUGAACACAAUCAACCUGGCUACAAGUUGUGCCUCUCCUGGAACACGAUGUGUCGUGUCAGGAUGGGGCACCAUCAGGUCCCCCCAAAAUUUGUUCCCAGACGUCAUGCGGUGUGCAGAUGUCUCUAGCGUCAGCCAGGCCAGGUGCCAGGAAGGCUACGGGGCCAAAAUCACGGAGAACAUGCUCUGUGCUGGUGUGGAACAGGGCGGCGUAGACUCGUGCCAGGGGGAUUCAGGAGGCCCACUGGUCUGCAACGGGCAGCUGCAAGGCGUGGUCUCCUGGGGGUCCGCUGUCUGUGCCCUGCCGGGACGGCCCGGGGUCUACGCCAAUGUCUGCAAAGCUGUCCAGUGGGUGAGGAACACCAUAGGGAGGAGGUGCCCCAUAUUGGACUGAGAGCUCACAGCACGUCCCGCCUGCCACAAUAAUCCACCAAACACACACCCCAGCCACGCCUCUCCUCAUCUUGCUGCGGCACCCAGGGAGUGCUGAUCUGGGUCAGACUAGGAUGGGGGCACUGCGGUGGGACCAGCCCAAAGCAGCCAAUGGUUAUGAGCCAGGCUUAACCAAAUCCUGAGACUGGGUUAAAAAUGUGGGACUGGUUUAAAAAUCAUGAAUCAGCCUGAAGAUUGUGAGAUUGCUUUAAAAAUCACGAGAUCAGCAUUAAAUGACUGAGACUGCGUUAACAGAUCACAAGAUUGGCUGAAAAGUCAUGAAUCAGCCUGAAGUUCACAGGAGUGCGUCAAAAAUCGAGAGGUUGUCUUUCAAAAUCGUGAGAUUGGAUUAAAAAUUAUGAGCCGGGUUUUUAACUGCACUAAAUCGCGCCCAGGUCUUUGAUCUGGUCUCUUGCAUUGGUGCGGGUGGCGUACGCGGCUAUAACUGCUCUGACGUCACCAAAUCUGACGUCCCGUGGAGUUCAAGCUUCAUCGUGAAGUGCUACAGAAACAUAGCUAGAGCAAAGGCCCGCCUGUAGCAUAAACAAACCCUGGGAGUUCAUGUUCGGUUGAUUAUCCACCACAGCCCCCAAAUCUUUCUGACAGUCACUGCUUCUCUGGGUGGAGUCCCCCAUCCUCUAUGUCUGGCAGACAUUCUGUGUUCUGAGACAGACGCCAUUUACAUCCCCACGAGACUCAGGGGAAAACUGCAAGACCUGGCAGCGGUGAGACUCAGCGACGCAAAUCUCCCAUGAAUUUAUGACACGUCUCAUGAGGGUGGGUUUGUUUCUUAAAGCCUCGAGUUCCUGAGUCACGUGACUCUGUGAGAAUCUGAGCUUUUACUGAAAAAAGUCACUUUCUAGACCUAGGCUUUGGGGAAGGAAAACUGGGGAACUGACCCUUAGAGGCUCCAAAAACAGUGAAUAAACAAACCCUAGUGGUUUUGUUUUGUUUUCACAUCUUGUGAUUUUUUUAAGCCAAUCUCACAAUUUUGCAUGGGUCCAUACUUGCCAAUUUUGAACUCUUUGGGUAAGAGAUACAGUGGAGUCGCAUAUUACACGGGGGUUAGGUUCUAAAGUCAGCGUGUAAGGCGAAAAUCAUGUAAAGUCAAAAUUACCCUUGAAAAUCCCUUAA